AUGAAAGAUACUUAUAAUCCUGUUUUACGAGGAAAAAACAAUUCCAUUGCAGUUGUCAAAGCAAAACAAUGUUCUCCAGCUGAAAAUGAUGGUUUUAUUUUAGUUCAAAGUGGAACUGCUCUGCAAAUCAGUGAAGCUGCCGAUCGAUUAACUAAAAAGACUGUUCAUCCAGAAAUCGAAAGUGAUUAUGAAAGAAACGUUAAUAAAAUUCAAUUCCAACAAAAUAAUAAUCCACCAUCAUGUUCGAAAAUGAAAAUGUACACCGGAAUCAAAAAGAAUAAUCACAAACUUACGUCCAAUUUUAAACAUAAACGACGUAAACAAUCUCCAAGUGAAACAGCAUCAAUUGAAUUACUUGGUCAAUUUGAUAACACAGACGGUGAAUCAAAUGAUAGCGAAGACGAACAACCUGGCAAUAAUGAACGUUAUGUUCAUCCAAAUCAAUCAACAACACAUCAAACACCUACAUUUGAAUAUGAAUUACCUGGUGUUGUUGUUGUUGAUUUGCUGCAAAAAUCUGGCGUUAAAGAACAUGCCAAUCAUUAUGUAACAUAUUUUGUGGACAUACUUUUUAAGCCCGCUGAGCUUUUAGCUAUGGAAACCAAAGAUAUACCGAAACAUGAACGAUAUAUUUUACUUAAAGAAGCAGUACGAAACAAAUUUCAUUUAACACACGACGAACUUGAAACUAUGUGGAUUUGA